GACGUAACGACGUAAUGAUAAAAAAAAUAGCCAGUCAAAUAUUGUGUGCAUUUUGCUGAUGCUACCAGGCAGAUACUGAUUGUCAAACGCUUGUUUAAUAAGCUGGCCUACUGCAAAAUUUCUUAUCUGAGGAGUUUUUGUAAAAUAAACGUACCCCACGAAAAUAGUCGGUUAUCGGGUGGAGCUUUAUGUGAGGCAUGUUUGCUAACUGUUCAUGUCCGCUGAUUUCCAACACCUGAAAAAUGGCGUCGGAAACCAUACACCUGGGCAUCAUUACCUGCAUUGUAGUGCAUACUCUUAUUAGUCAAGUGUAUGGGUACUAUCCUCUGAACCAUAGUGAAUUUCUUUUCGGCCAAUUCCCGGACGGCUUCAUAUGGAGCGCCGCCACCGCCGCCUAUCAGGUGGAAGGGGCAUGGAACGAAGAUGGAAGAGGGCCAAGUAUCUGGGACACAUUUUCCCACGUCCCCGGUAAUAUAGAGAACGGGGAUACCGGGGACGUAGCAUGUGACAGUUACCAUAACUACCAGAGGGAUGUCGAAAUGUUGAAGGAACUAGGGGUUUCACAUUAUCGUUUUUCGAUGUCUUGGUCAAGAAUCUUCCCAUUGGGAACUGAUGAAAUGAUAAAUCCCAGGGGAGUGAAGUAUUACCAGCGGUUGAUUGACGCCUUGAAGCUCGCAGGGAUAGAGCCCAUGGUAACUCUGUACCACUGGGACCUUCCCCAGGCCCUGGAAAAUGAUGGAGGGUGGCUCAACGACACCACUGUGGAACACUUCGUGAAAUACGCCAACUUCUGUUUUAAUGAAUAUGGAAGCAAGGUGAAAAAGUGGAUAACCUUCAACGAACCUUGGGUUGUUUCCUGGUUAGGAUACGGCGGAAGUGGAAUGGCUCCCGGUCGGAACGAACCAGCUAAGAUGCCCUACAUUGUGGCUCACAAUAUCAUUCGUGCCCACGGAAAGACCUACCGGCGAUAUAACAAUCAAUUCAAGAAUAUACAAAAGGGAGAAGUCGGCAUUACCCUCAAUAUCAACUGGGCCCAACCAAAGAAUACUUCCGAUCCUGCGCAUUGGGAAGCAUCAAAUCGAGCUAUGCAGUUUGAACUCGGAUGGUUUGCGCAUCCGAUUUUAGUGAACGGGGACUACCCUCAAGUAAUGAAAGAUCAAAUAGGCAACAAAAGCCGGGCACAGGGCUUUACAAAAUCCAGACUUCCAGAGUUUACUGACACAGAGAAAAGAGAUAUUAAAGGUUCUGCGGAUUUCCUUGGGCUGAACCACUACACAACUAACCUUGUCUCUCCAGUUCAUUAUCCACCAGAUGUACAGAGUUACGACGCGGACAAAGAUGCAACCUCUGAAUACGACCCGUCUUGGCCAACGUCGGGUUCUGAUUGGCUGAGGGUCGUUCCAUACGGAAUAAGAAUGACACUUAGAUGGAUUAAGAGGGAAUAUCCUGCCACACCCAUCUUGGUAACAGAGAGCGGGUUGUCGGACAGGAACGGAUCUCUGGUCGACACCUGGCGGAUAGAUUACUACCGGUCCUAUAUCAAUGAAGUCUUAAAAGGAAUCGUACUCGACGGCUGUAACGUCACUGGGUACACAGCAUGGUCUCUUAUGGACAACUUUGAAUGGCCAAGGGGAUUCAGCGAAAAAUUUGGACUCUAUCAUGUUAAUUUCACCGACCCCAAACGGACUCGAACUCCCAAAGCCUCUGCUAGAUUUUAUUCCCAGCUGAUUAAAGAGAACGGGUUCCUUCGGGGUUACACGAGCCUGGGUGGGCGUGGCACUGCCCCUGAGCAUGAGGAGGGUAUCUACUACGACACGUUCCCUGAAGAUUUUGCUUGGAGUACAGCGACUUCGGCCUAUCAGGUGGAAGGGGCGUGGGACGAAGACGGACGUGGACCCAGUAUCUGGGAUGUUGCUGCUCAUCAGGAAAACUACAUUUAUAACAACGAUACUGGAGACGUGGCAUGUGACAGCUACCACAAAUAUAAAGAAGAUGUCCGUCUGUUGAAAGAUCUAGGGGUUUCACACUACCGUUUCUCCAUCUCCUGGCCUAGAGUAUUCCCUAACGGUACGAAAGAAAGCAAGAACCCACCAGGAGUCCAGUAUUACCACAACUUGAUUGACGAACUGAAGAAAGCCGACAUAGAACCGAUGAUCACCCUGUAUCACUGGGAUCUUCCACAGGCCCUGGAAGAGAGAGAGGGAGGGUGGAUGAACGAGUCCAUUGUUAACCGAUUCCGAGACUAUGCGGACUUCUGCUUUGGUGAAUAUGGAAACAAGACAAAGUUUUGGAUAACGUUCAACGAGCCAUGGAUAGUUUCCUAUUUUGGUUACGGCUUGGGUUCGUUCCCUCCCGGAAAGAAGGGCCAAGGGACCAACACAUACAUCACAGCCCAUAACAUCCUAAAGGCCCACGCCGAGGCGUAUCACAUAUAUGAUACUAAAUACAGGCGGUCCCAAAAAGGUCAAGUUGGAAUUACUCUAAACGUUGGAUGGGCGGAACCUGAAAAUCCCUUCGAUCCAGAAGACUUGAAAGCCUCAGAGAGGGACAUACAAUUCAGCUUUGGUUGGUUCGCGCAUCCUAUACUGGUCAAUGGAAUGUACCCCCAAAUCAUGAUUGAUCGCAUCGAGGCAAACAGUAAUGGGACCAACAGACUGCCACACUUCCCAGAUCCUGCAAGAAUAAACGGCACAUCGGAUUUCCUUGGGUUGAACUUUUACUCAUCUGGCCUGGUGCGUCCGGACGAGUCCCGCACGGAUCACAGUUAUGAUGACGAUAAAGGAACGGCAUCCAGAAUGGACCCUUCCUGGCUUGGAUCUGGGUCGGAUUGGCUAAAGGUGACACCGUUUGGUCUUCGAAAAAUAUUGAAUUGGAUCAAGAUCCAUUAUAACAACGUCCCCGUGUAUGUGACGGAGAACGGGAUAUCGGACACUAACGGCUCCCUGACGGACCUACACCGGAUACACUACUACAGGACGUACAUCAACGAAAUGUUGAAAGCUAUAAAACUGGAUGAGUGUAAUGUAAAGGGAUACACGGCAUGGUCAAUGAUGGAUAACUUUGAGUGGCGAAGAGGAUACUCGGAACGUUUCGGGAUUCAUUACGUCAAUUUUAGUGACCCAUCCAGACCAAGAACACCAAAAGCAUCCGCAAGGUUCUACCAGCAGCUGAUACGUGAGAACGGCUUUAAGCAUGGCUACACGGCUAUAGGAGGACGGGGGGUCGCUCCGGCCAUGGAGGGCCAGUUUUACUACGACAAGUUCCCGGAUGAUUUCGCCUGGAGUACAGCCACCUCAGCUUACCAGAUAGAAGGAGGGUGGAACGAAGGAGGAAGAGGACCAAGCGUUUGGGACACGUGGGUUCACGAAUAUACACACGUGGAGAAAAACGCCACUGGUGAUGUAGCAUGUGACAGUUACCAUAGAUACAAGGAGGAUGUCCAGUUGUUGAAAAACUUAGGGGUAUCUCAUUACCGUUUUUCCAUCUCCUGGCCAAGGAUUUUCCCAGACGGUACCAAAGAAAGUUUGAACAAAGAAGGCAUUCAAUACUACAGCAACGUGAUUGAUGAGCUUUUAAAGUUCAACAUUAAACCCAUGGCGACCCUCUUUCACUGGGAUUUACCGCAAGCUUUAGAGGACCAAGGCGGGUGGCUUAACGAAAGCACGGUCUAUCACUUCAGAGACUAUGCCGAUGUGUGUUUCCGAGAGUUUGGUGACAGGGUUAAAUUGUGGAUAUCUUUCAAUGAACCUGGGCUAACGGCAUGGACUUGUUACGGAAAUGGUGGAAUGGCGCCGGGUCGGCACGGGCACCCGGGGACCUACCCAUAUAUAGUGACACGCAACAUCAUUCUAGCUCAUGCGGAAGGUUAUCAUGUUUUGAAAAAGAAGUACCCUCAACAGAAGGGUCAGUAUGGAAUCACGUACAGUAUUGGCUGGGCGGAACCUAAAGAUCCGUAUAAACCUGAGGAUAUUGAGGCGUCCGAGAGAAAACUACAAUUUGAUGCAGGGUGGUUUCUUAAUCCGAUAUAUAUAAAUGGCGACUACCCAGAGGUUAUGAAAAAGAAGGUAGCAGAGAAAAGCGCCGCCCAAAAUUUUACUUCUUCACGUCUUCCGCCAUUUACAGAGGAAGAAAAACGCCGCAUCAAUCAAACCAGUGACUUUUUCGGAUUAAACCAUUACUCAUCAUCCUACUUCUUCCCAAGAGAGCACGACAUUACUGAUGUGUCUUAUGAGGCUGACCAAGACGUGGGAAGUGAAAAUGAUCCAAAGUGGCUGGGAUCUGGAUCUUCUUGGUUAUUUGUCACUCCUUUCGGGCUUAGAAAAGUUCUUAAUUGGGUGAAAAUGACCUAUAACAAUAUUCCCGUUUACAUAACGGAAAAUGGUGUUUCGGAUAGGAACGGAUCACUUGAAGACUACAGUCGCGUAUACUUCUAUAGAAACUAUAUCAACGAAAUGCUCAAAGCUGUUAAACUCGAUGGCUGCAAUGUGAAAGGUUAUGCAGCAUGGUCAUUUAUGGACAACUUUGAAUGGAACACUGGCUACGCCGAGAAGUUUGGAAUGCACUACGUUAACUUCAGUGAUCCAGAGCGACCUCGAACCCCCAAACUAUCAGCAGUCUUCUACAACCAACUGAUCAAAGACAACGGUUUUCUCGAAGAUGCUGCUACUUCCCCUUCUAAAGGAAAAGAGCUGGGUGUUUACCGAGAGCUUCCGUAUGCAGAUAAGAUCUAUUACGGAACAUUUCCGAAAGAAUUUGCUUGGGGCGCCUCCACUUCGGCUUAUCAAAUAGAAGGAGCCUGGAAUGAAGACGGUAAAGGAGAAAGUAAUAUUGACAAAAUGACUCACAAUGACUUUGAAUCAACCUACGGAAACAUAGCCUGCAAUAGUUAUAAAAAAUUUAAAGAAGAUGUGAGAAUAUUAAAAGAAACACACGUGACAUUUUACCGUUUUUCAAUAUCCUGGAGUCGAAUUUUACCUGAAGGAAAUGUCAGCGUUGUUAAUCACUUAGGGAUUCAAUACUACAUCAACAUGACAGACGCACUGAUAGACGCAGGAAUCACCCCUGUUGUGGUCAUGCAUUACUAUGACAUGCCGAUUACAAUAUAUAACCAAGGCGGAUGGAAAAAUCCAAACACAAUUCAUCUCUUUGUUGAAUAUGCACGAGUAUUAUUCAAAGAGCUAGGUUCCAGGGUCAAACAUUGGAUAACUAUCAAUGACCCAUAUUCUGUGUCAGUUGGUUUGGAUACUAAUGAAGAAAACCCAUAUAAAGCUGGACAUAAUUUGAUAAAAGCCCAUGCAUAUGUGUACAAAUUGUACAAGGAGGAAUUCAAGGAACAACAAAAAGGUCACGUGGGAAUUUCUCUUCGCGCUGAUUGGUUUGAACCUGUAACACCUACCGACCCAUCUGAUAUUGAAGCCACCAACAGGAAAAUGGAACAUUCUUUUGGAUGGUUUGCGCAUCCAAUUUUUGUUAACGGCGACUAUUCGCAACUGCUCAAGUCAAUAUUAGAGAAGAAAAAUACAACUAUCCCCAAAUUUACAGAUUACGAAUCAACGCUGAUUAAAGAUUCUUCUGAUUUCUUGGGAUUGAAUUUCAUAUCAACAUUUAAAGUAAAAUCAAAAGAAAACGAUUUUAAAGGAUUUGAGUUUGAGACAGAUACAGAGAUAACUUUCAAUUCCUCGUGGCCUAGAAGCAGCAUAGCAACCAUAAGGUUUGUACCGUUUGGUCUUCGAAAGGUUUUGAAUUGGAUUAAGGAUAAAUAUCACAAUGUCACCGUAUACGUCACAGAGGCUGGGUUUCCAGAUGACUCGGGGACUCUACAGGAUAACACUAGGGUAAAAUUCUACAAGGAGUACGUCAAUGAAGUAUUAAAAGCUGUUAGAUUGGAUAAAUGUAAUGUUAAAGGAUUCAACAUUAAAAGCCUGAUAGACGAUGUCGAUUACACCGGGAGUAUAAAACAUAAAUACGGAAUUUACAAAGUGGAUUUCAAUGAUCAAUCAAGACCUCGAACAAGAAAAUCUUCAGCAAAUUUCAUAACAAAUAUUAUAAAAGAUAACGGCUUUCUACAGGGAAAAUCUUACUCCGUUGAAUCAGGCAUAGGGGAAUUUAAUCCAAACUAUCCUUACAGGCCAUUGAGACAGGAAAAUGAGAUGUAUUCUGGUAGUUUUCCUCACGGUUUUAUAUGGAGCACAGCUACAGCGGCUUACCAGGUAGAAGGCGGAUGGGACGCCGAUGGUAAAGGCAAAAGCAACUGGGAUGUUUUCUCUCAAGAGCCUGGACAUAUAGUUAAUAAUGACAAUGGAAACAUAGCCUGUGACAGUUACCACAAUUAUAGAACAGACGUAGAGCUUCUGAAGAAUCUAAAGGUAACACACUACAGAUUCUCUAUAUCGUGGUCUCGGAUACUGCCGCUUGGGACACUAGAAAAAAUCAACCAACCAGGGGUAGAUUAUUACAACAAGUUGAUCGAUACCCUUCUAGAGGCUAAUAUCGCUCCAAUGGUGACCCUCUACCACUGGGACACCCCACAGGCCUUCAACAACAGCGGGGGCUGGCAAAAUAGCACUAUAUCUGACCAUUUUGCCAACUACUCCCGAUUGUGCUACGAACGGUUUGGUGACAGGGUAAAACUUUGGAUAACUCUGAAUGAACCCUGGGUAGUCUCUAACCUAGGCUACGAGCUUGGCGUGAAUGCCCCUGGUAUAAAAGGGAGGGGGGAUCGUAUCUACCAAGUGGCUCACAACCUCAUCAAAUCUCACGCCAAAGCUUACAGAGUCUAUGAAAAAGAAUUCAAACAAAAACAAAAAGGACAAGUGGGUAUAACGCUGAAUACGGACUGGCAGGUUCCAAAGAACCCGGAAAACCCCAGCGACCUGGAGGCCUCCGAACGAGCCAUCGACUUCAUGUUAGGGUGGUUCCUCAAUCCAGUGAUGAAGGGAGAUUAUCCCAAAGUAAUGAGAGAUCAGGUAGACAGGAAAAGUCGGGAACAGGGACUGCCAACUAGCCGGCUUCCUAGGUUUACCCAAGCUGAACAAAUGGAUAUAAAAGGAUCAUACGAUUUUCUUGGAAUAAAUUUCUACACGUCGAACGUUGUGACCUACAAACCAUCGACUGGACAGAGCUACAGUGCUGACGGUGACAUCGAUAUUACAAAAGACCCCGAGUGGCUGGGAUCUGGCUCCGACUGGCUAAAGGUGACCCCUGUCGGGAUCCGCCGAAUGCUGAACUGGAUCAAAUAUACCUACGGAGAUUUCCCCAUUUACAUAACAGAAAAUGGAAUCUCGGAUAGAAACGGAUCUCUCCAGGACGAGCAUAGAAUAUUUUAUUACAAACAUUACAUUAAUAAUGUUCUUAAAGCUAUACGUCUUGAUGGGGUAAACGUUCGAGGGUACACGGCAUGGUCAUUAAUGGAUAACUUUGAGUGGGCACGUGGGUAUACGGAACGCUUCGGACUCCACUAUGUUAACUUCAGCGAUCCUGAGCGACCACGCACACCAAAGGAAAGCGCCCGUUUCUUUAAAAAACUCAUUGAAAACAAUGGCUUUCCUGACGAAAAGUCGAGGUUCUCUUUUCCGUUUUCAUUGGAACCAGCCUUUCCAGGAAAAAAUCCUUACCGGACACUUUUUGAGGAAGACGACUUCUACUACGAUUCUUUCCCAGAAGGCUUUGCGUGGAGCACUGCCACAUCGUCGUAUCAAGUGGAAGGAGCUUGGAAUAAGGAUGGUAAAGGUCUUGGAAUAUGGGAUGUCUUCAGCCACACACCUGGUAAGGUAGUCAACAAUGACACGGGUGACGUUGCAUGCAAUAGCUAUGACAAGUUUCACGAAGAUAUCAAACUGUUAAUGGAUAUGAAGGUUACACACUACCGUUUCUCGCUAUCAUGGCCACGAAUCUUACCUGAUGGAACCACACAGAAUGUGAACUCCCUGGGAAUACAGUACUACAAUAGCCUGAUUGAUGCACUUAUAGACGCCGGAAUCGUCCCAAUGGUCACUCUAUAUCACUGGGAUCUCCCACAAGCCCUAAUGCAAUAUGGCGGCUGGCAAAGUGAACGCACGGCCGAAUUGUUUGCCGAAUACGCUAGGCUUUGCUUUUCUAUGUUUGGAGAUCGGGUAAAGUUUUGGAUCACAUUGAAUGAACCGUUUGUCGUCUCCAACCAUGGCUACGAGAUCGGUGUAAUGGCACCUGGUUUAACAGGAAAGGGCGACCGAAUAUAUCAAGCUGGUCAUAAUUUAAUUAAAGCGCAUGCUAAGGCGUACCACAUCUAUCAUAACGAGUUCAAACGGGCUCAAAAGGGCAUCAUUGGUAUAACUUUAAACACGGACUGGCAAGUUCCAGAAGAUCCCAACAGUGAGAGAGAUUUACAGGCGUCGCACCGGGCCAUCCACUUCAUGUAUGGCUGGUUCCUAAACCCAGUUAUGAAGGGAGACUACCCCGCAAUCAUGAAGGAACAAGUCGACCGGAAAAGUCGUGCGCAGGGAUACAUAGAAAGUAGACUUCCGGAAUUCUCAGCAACGGAAAAGGAUUAUAUUAAAGGUACUUACGACUUCCUAGGCAUGAAUUUUUAUACGUCAAACCUGGUUUCAUCCAUUGAUAAUAUAAACCAGAGUUACUACGGGGACCAGGAUGUCAACUCCACGAAAGACCCUUCUUGGCUCGGAUCGGGGUCAUCUUGGCUCAAAGUGACUCCUAAAGGAAUUCGCCGUAUGCUGAAUUGGGUGAAAUAUACCUACGGUGAUUUCCCAAUCUACAUCACGGAAAACGGAGUCUCGGACCUUAACGGAACCAUAAAGGAUGAACACAGGAUCUUUUAUUACAAACAUUAUAUCAACAAUGUUCUAAAAGCCAUCCGACUUGACGGAAUAGACGUUCGUGGAUACACGGCAUGGUCAUUAAUGGAUAACUUCGAAUGGGCAAGAGGAUAUUCGGAACGCUUCGGUCUUCACUAUGUUAACUUCAGCGAUCCCGCCCGACCACGUACACCAAAAGCAAGUGCGCGGUACUAUAGGUCUAUUAUCGAAAAUAAUGGAUUCAAGAAAGAAACCGCUAAUAACAAUGAGAAUAAAACGCCAGCAAACAGUAAUAAUCGAACACCUAACCCAGUUUCUGGGGCACAAAAGACAGUUAUCUCUUUUCAAGUCCUAACUGGUUUUGUCAUAGGUGUUGUGUUAUGGAAUUUUAAAUAAUUCGAUAAAUAAAAUUUAUUUUUGGGAAUCAUAUGCAGCUGAAUUAAUACACUAUUUGGACAAAUUUUAUAAUAUGUUUAUGUCUAUGUAAUCUUAUAUGUUCUUAAAGAAUAUGUGCCAUGAAAAAUGUUGAUUAGAGUUUGAUUAGAAGGUUAGAAAUAUCUUAUCAGAAGAUAAAUACGUGAGGACUUGUGUUUAGCUUUUAAGAUAAAUUUGGACCCAUACUGCACUCUCCUCUUUACAUUUUAAAAACUGUUUAGUAUUCUGAUGGUUAUUUUUUAAAUACAAUGUCAUUGCUUUAUGUUAGACAUUUCAUUAAAAACUUAAUACAUCUUGAUAUUCUUUUGAUUUCGUGAACUGGUGAAAAAUUAAAAUAUGAAAUGUUUUGUACUAAUUAUUUUAAUAAUUAAUUUAUUUUUAAGAGCGUUACUUAUUUUGAAUGAAUUAGCAAUCAUCGAUGAUAUUGAUGAUCUAUAAUUCAUGGAACCGAAAAUAAUCCGUUCAUUUGGCUUUACUAAUAUAGCUGAUUUUUAAGCUCUGCUUGCUUUGAUUGUUGUGUGCAAUGCUUUUUUUUAAACAAGGGUACAUGUAACUUGGUCUCAGUGCUUUCGUACAGGACUAGACAUGAUCAAAAGUUUUCGAAUGUACAUGUAUUUAAUGUAGCCCACGACAGUGAUACUCGACACUUCUGUAUGCUAUAUACAUGUCAUUGUAUAUCUGUAUAGUGUAAAUGUAUACUAGUAUAUCAUGUUAACUAAACAAAGCUGUGGUCAUUUGUCAACAAUAUUGUUUUUAAUGGUACCAAUGAUUAAAGAUGCGGAAUAAUU